AUGGGUCGCGCAGAAGCUGGAUCGGCGAAAGCCAUCGGAAACAAGAUCAAGGCGAAGGGAUUAGGACGUUUGAGAUGGUACUGUCAAGCCUGCGAGCGCCAAAUGCGAGAUGCCAAUGGGUUUAAGUGUCAUAUUACCAGCGAAAGUCAUGUCCGUCAAAUGUUGGUCCUUGGAGAAAAUGCGCCCAAGGCAAUCAGCGACUUCAGCCAGCAAUUCACCGACAACUUCGUCAACAACCUAAGAACCCAGCACGGAGAAAAGAAGGUCCAUAUCAACCACUUCUACAAUACCAUUAUCAGUGAUCGCGAGCACAUUCAUAUGAACAGUACCAAGUUCCAAUCUCUCACUCAAUUCGCCCAACACCUCGGUAAAAACGGAAUUUGUCGAGUGGAGGAGACCGAAAAGGGAAUAUUCGUAUCAUGGAUCGACAACUCGCCAGAAACGAUGCGCAAGAGGGAGGCAAUUCAAAAGAAAGAAAGGGAAGAGAAGAACGAUGAACAGCGAGAACAAAAGAUGAUUCUGGAGCAGGUGGAGCGCGCGCGAAACGCCUUCAAGGAAACCAAAGCUUCCGGCGAAGACCCAGACUCUGAUGCGAAACUUCUCCAACCACAGAACGGAGAAAAAAUGUCCCUGAAUCUCGGCCUCGGUCCAAAGAAAACAGAUACAAAGACCGACUCUUCUCCUCCGAAGUCAGAUCCUACAGAUACAAAGGAUGCAUCGGGUACCGAAUCACCUGUUGAGAAUGCUACACCUGCACCUGCCAAGAUUUCCAUGUCAUUUGGUGCGCAGAAGCCGAAGAAUGUGUUUUCUUCCGCAGGGAAGAAGAAUCCUUUGGCCGGGAAGAAGGGCCCCAUGCUGGUGCAGCCUAAGAAGAUGACCGAGCAGGAACGCAUUAUGAAGGCGGAGAUGGAGGCUAUGCAGCGCAAACGAACUCGUCCGGACUCGGGCUUUGCGAACCAGAAGCGUCCUAAGCUGACUUGA